AUGGUAUACACUAGACAGACAAAUUAUGCCAUCUGUGAUGUCAAGGUUAUUAGAGGUGCAGAGCUUAGCACAGAUCAUAAACUACUCAUGAUAGAUACCAAAUUCGCCUUACCGAAAGCAAGAAAAAGCAAGACAUAUGUUAAAGUUGAGACAGAAGAAUUGAGAAAGCCUGAAAGAAGAGACAUGUUUGAAAGAAAAAUGGAAGAAGAGCUGAUAUGGGGAGAAGAGGAAUUAGCAGGAAAAGGAAUUGAGGAGAUAUGGCAUGCCCUUAAAAUCACAAUCAUAAGAGUUGGGAAGGAAGUUUGUGGUUGUAGGAGGAUUAAAGGGACUGGAAAUAAGUGCACAAAAUGGUGGAAUGAAGAGGUUAAGGCAAGAAUAAAAGAGAAAAAAGAAGCAUGGAGAAAGUAUGUCAGAACAAAGAAUGAUGAUGACAGGCAGACAUAUGUCGAAAAAAGGAAUCGUGCUAAGGAGGCAGUGAAGAAGGCCAAAGCUGAAACAUGGGAGGAAUUUGGCAAGGAAUUGGAAGAAAACUUUCGGUACAAUAACAGGAUAUUUUGGAGUACUAUUAGAGGGUUGAGACGAAAAGCGGGGAAAAAGAUACAGAAUAUUGCUAAUGAAGAAGGAAGGAUAAUAUCUGAUCCUCAGGAAAUACUAGCAACAUGGAGACGUCAUUAUGAGGAGAAAUUUGGAGGUGGUGAGGAAGAGGACAUGGAGGGACUGGCUGAGAGGGAGAGGGAAGCAGAGGAGGAGAACGGGGAUAUAAGCAGGAUGGAAGUUGAGGAGGCAAUAAGGAUAAUGAAAAUUGGAAAGGCAGCAGGUAUUGAUGAGCUAAGCCCUGAGUACAUAAAGUAUAGAGGAUCAAAGGUCAAGUUGUAUUUGUGGGAACUAUUCAAAAAGGUGUGGCGAUACAAUGAAAUACCUGGUGAUUGGGAGAAAAAUAUUAUCAUUCCCAUUUAUAGGAAAGGUAGAACGGUGGAGUGCGACAACUAUAGAGCAAUAUGUCUUUCGUCAGUGGUGUUAAAACUAUACUCCAGGAUUAUAGAGAAGAGACUGAGAGGAGAAGUCGAGGAGAGACUGGAGGAAGAGCAAAGCGCAUUCAGAAGGGAUAGGCAGACUCAAGACCACAUUUGUGCCGUGAGAAGGGUGAUAGAAAUGUAUUUGGAAGAAGGAAGAGAAUUAUAUUUGGCAUUUAUUGACCUCAAGGCCGCAUUCGACUCAGUGCCCAGGAAAGAAGUAUGGAGUGCCAUGAGGGAGAUGGAAGUGAGUGAUAGACUGAUUCAAGCUGUACAGCACUAUAUAAAAAGACCGCUGGAGUAG